UUCUUACAGCACAGUGUCUGACAGUGUCCACGUAGCGCUUCGAAUCUCAUAGAACGUAGCUUUUCGUAUGUCAAACAUCACUUCGUAAAGCGUUCUCCGGUUGUACACGCCUUCACCGAACACAAUGGAUCAAAUGAAGAAGCUGACAGAGCCUAGCAGGCAAUUUGCUAAAGACAGUAUUCGUCUUGUCAAGCGGUGUACAAAACCUGACCGCAAAGAAUUUCAGAAAAUUGCCCUAGCCACGGCUAUCGGCUUCUGUAUAAUGGGCUUCAUAGGAUUCUUUGUCAAAUUAAUACAUAUCCCAAUUAACAACAUUAUUGUAGGCUCAUAAAUACUCCAUGAAAAAUAGGUGCAACGAAGGUUUAGCAAGGCUAUUUUCUCCACCCUCAUCGUGUAUCUUUAUUUAUGAAAUAAAUUGUGUUCACUUCUAAAAUGAUCAUGAUUAAAUUAACGAAUGUGUGUAUAUAUCAUAAUGAUACAUUUUGUAAUAAAAUAAGUAUAUAAAAGA